UGAUGUCUUGGCGUGACCGACAGAUGUUCCAACGAGACACCGACAGCAGCGAAGGACUCCCAGAACUCGAUCUGCCUCGGCUCCAUAAGGUACC